AAUCUCAAGAACAUUUAAUUUAUCUCCAAGUGCAGUCUCCAAAACCAUCAAAACAGGCUCUAACAGAAAGGACAGAUUGAAGAGCUACCUCUGCUGCAUUAGAAUUACCAGUCUCAGAAACUUCAGAUUUACAAGCAAUAUUUUAACAUCUACUGUUGAGAGGACACUGUGUGAGUCAGGCCUUUAUGGUCGAAUCGCGGCAAAGAAAUCAUCACUUCGAAAGAACAACAAGACGAAGAGACCUGCUUGGGCCAAGAAACACAAGACACAUUAGAUCAGUGGAAAACUGUCCCUUGGUCUGAUGAUUUGGUUCUAAUCUCUGUGUCUUUUUAGACAUAAAGAUGGUGAAUGGAUGGUUCCUGAAAGUGUGGUUCCUACUGUGAAGCAUGGAGGAGGAGGUAUGAUGGUGUGAUGGUGCUUUGCUCGUGAGUUGUUGGUGAUUUAGUUGAAACCGAGGCCAAAUUUAACCAGCAUGGCUACCACAGCAAUUUACAGUGACAUCCCAUCUCGUCUGGUUUGUAUUUAGUAGGAUCAUCAUUUGUUUUCCAACAGGACAAUGACCCAAAACACACCUCUAGGUUCUGUAAGAAUUAUUUGGUCAAGAAGGACAGUAAUGACAUGCUGCAUCAGAUCACCUCGGCCUCUACAAUCACCUGACCAGUUGAGAUGGUUUGGGAUGAGUUGGACUGGAGAGUGAAAAGGAAAAGCAGCCAACAAGUACUCAGCACCUCUGGGAACUCCUUAAGAUUGUUGGAAAGCAGUUCCAGGUGAAGACCUCUUGAGGCUCACUCUAAUGUAUGGGAAUCAUUGGGAACGUGGUAACCAUGGUAUCUCUGACAUACUACAGUAAGGGAGGGUGUGUGUGUGUGUGUGUGUGUGUGUGUGUGUGUGUGUGUGUGUGUUAGGCCCCGCCCCUUUCUAGAAGUGAACGCAUCUCUCACCGCACCCAUCCUCUCCUUCCAUCUCUGCUCUCGCACCGCACUUCCUCCUUCUCCUUGUUCUCCUCAUUGUCCUCCUCCUCUCCAGGUCCGAGCGGAACCGCGCUGUGGAUGGACGCAGGCGGACGGGAAGCGCAGGAUGCGGGGCGUGUGUCUGUGCUGGAUAUCCGUCUAUGAGCUAACCUCAUCUCAUCUUCUCCUCCUUCUUCAUCAUCUCCCUCCUCUUCCUCUUCUCCGACAUCAUGGCCAAGCAGUAUGAUGUGCUGUUCAGGCUGCUGCUGCUCGGAGACUCUGGAGUCGGGAAGACCUGCCUGUUAUGUAGAUUCACCGACAACGCGUUUCAUCCCUCACACAUCUCCACCAUCGGAGUGGAUUUCAAAAUGAAGACUUUGGAGAUUGAUGGAAUCAAAGUGAGAAUACAGAUCUGGGACACGGCGGGACAGGAGCGAUAUCAGACCAUCACUAAACAGUACUACAGACGAGCGCAGGGAAUCUUUCUGGUGUAUGACAUCACGAGCGAGCGCUCCUUCCAGCACAUCAUGAAGUGGGCGAGUGACGUAGACGAGUACGCUCCUGACAAAGUGCAGAAGGUGCUGAUCGGGAACAAAUCUGAUGAGGAACACAAAAGACAAGUGGCCACAGAGCAGGGAAACAAGCUUGCUAAAGCUUAUGGAAUGGACUUUUUCGAGACAAGUGCCUUUACCAAUCACAACAUCACAGAGUCCUUCACACGUUUAGCUGAGCUGGUGUUGCAGGCUAAUAAGAAGGACCUCGAUCUCCUGAGGGUGUCCAUCAACGACGAGGUGGACUUAGCGGCCCUGGAGGAAGAAGCAGGAAUGUGUGACGGCAGCAGUAACACCCAAAAGACCUGCUGGUGCUGAGGACAGGAAGUGACAUCAACACCAACACAUUUUUUUUCUUCAUCUCUCUUUUUUCUUUUUCUUCUCGGGUUUGGUGCCUCUCAUCACAAAUGAAUGAAGAUGGAAGCAAUGCAAGAGUUCUCGUUACAUUCAGGAAGGAUGGAUGUCUAGCAUAAGUGACUCGUUAGUAGCAAGUUAAUGAGUGUGUCGUAUACGUCCCUAGAUCUUCUGUGAGGAAAUGGUACGGCCCGUCGUAGGGGUGUUUGGGAGACAAUUUUAUUAAUCGGACACCCUUGUGAAAGCUCAGGGGCACGUUCUCCGUACAUCGCUGACUACAUCUGAGAUCAAAUGACACAUCUGAGAUCAUCUCAUUGGGGUAAUUAUGUUGUGACUAGUGCGGUUUGGAACACGCAUUGCCCAUGAAAGGGCUGUAUGUACUGUAUAUACUGUAUAUUUAUAUAUAUAUAAUGUAGAAACCCGAUGUGAUCAGGAGCUCUGUGAUUGGCUGGUUAAUGGUACAAUAGCCAUUCAUUUUACCUGCUGCUGAAAGUUACAUCUCAAAGGUUAUGAAGAAUUUGAAAAUCGUACAAAAAUAGCAGGGAACACCACGAAUUCUGGAAAAACAAGGAAGGUGUAUUUUUUGGGUAUAUUUAUUAUUUUUAGCUGAAGUUUAUUUACAUAUUAUAUUAAUAGUGUCAGAGCCACCACAGGACCCUGUAGAACUCAAAACAAGGAUUCAAUUCAGUUCAGUUUAAUUCAGUUCCAUUUAAUUCAGUUUAUUUCAGUGCAGUUUAAUUCUGUUCAAUUCUAUGAAGUUCAGGUCAAUUUAUUUUAAGUUCAAUUCAAUGCAGUUCAGUUCAAUUCCAUUAAGUUCAGUUCAAUUUAAUUCAGUUUAUUUCAGUGCGGUUGAAUUCAGUUCAAUUCAGUUCAGUUCAUUUAAGUUCAGUUAAAUACCACUGAGUUCAGUUUUUUUCAAUUAAGUUCAGUUCAGUUUAUUUCAGUUUAAUUUAAUUCAGUUAAUCUCAAAUCAAUUAAGUUCAGUUCAAUUUAAAUUUAGUUAAGUUUAUUUUAGUGCAGUUUAAUUUAAUUAUGUUCAGUUCAGUUUAUUUCAGUUCACUUCAGUUUAUUUUAAUUCAGUUUAGUUUAGUUUAAUUCAGUUCAGAUCAAUUUAAUUCAGUUCAGUUCGAUUUGUUUAGCGCUUUAACAAAGGCAUUGUCCCAAAGUAGAAUUAAAUACAAGAAAAUUCUAUAAAAUUGGCAAUAUUUUACUACUUAUUCUGAAUUCAACAAGUCAAACUUUUACUUCAUGGUGAAGAAGCCCAGACCUUCUCCUGUGAAGGGCCAAAAAUCAGACUGGAGUGAGCACUGUGGGCCGAAAGUCAAUAUGACAUUAAACCCAACUGUAAAUAUUAAAAUUAAAGUUGCCCUCAUUAAUGAUUUCAGAAUAAUUCAUUAGUUCAUCAGUAAUUCAUUCAUUAAGUAACUGUUUUAUAAAUAGAUUUUUCUUUUAAUGAAACUUGAAUAGUACAACAAAAACAUAGAAACAUCCCCAUAGUAUAUAAUACCAUCGAAUUUAAUGCCUGCUUUAAUACAGCUGCGUUCUUAUUACAUCAGUGAAGAUGAAACAUGAAGUUGCUCCUGAUUAAUAAGAAGAUUUUCCAAAUUGUGCUGCAGCUGAAUUAGUGACAGUCAGGAUAUUAUGUUGGCGAGUGUCAGUCAGUUUACUUCAUAAAUCAAAGGUCACCACAGGCAUUUAAGCAUUUCUGCUUCAGAGAAAAUAUGGUAGUUUGAUGGUUUAGACUUUAGAUGUUGUACUUUGGUUUGGAAGGUCAUGAGUUAAAAUCCCAUUACCACCAAGCUACCCUUGAGCAAGGUCCUUCACCCUCAGCGUCUCACUGCAUCAAUGAGUUGUAUAAAUGUAAACUAUGUUCACUUCUGGAGAAAAGCGAUAUCUUUCCAAAAGAUUUGAUCCUGUCCAUCCCAUAUUGCAUGUUGAAUUUGGAAAUCUCUCUCCUCUCUUGCUCCUCCUGCAAAGGUUCGCUUUGGUAAGAAUGGAGAGGAGAUCUAAUUCUGUGUACGUGAAAUAAUCCUACACCUGAUCAAUUUUGAUUUUACGGACCUGUUGGUAUUAAGGCAAAUUAAGGAAGAGCUUUAAAGAACCAAACAAUCCCAGAUCAUCACAAAUAAAAAAAAAAGUGUACGAAGAACGGACCCCUGACUGAACGUAUUAGUGUUUACUAGUAAUCAGAUCUAUGAGGUGUUACGUUUAAGAACAUCCCAAAAUGUGUGUGUUCCAUACAUUUCAGUGGUAAAUGGAUCGUCAGUACUUCUGUAAUCGCUAAUAUUUUGUCAAUCCAUAGAUUGGCUUCUUGUGUUCAAAGAAAAACGUGGUUCUCUGGCUUGUUCCUCUUGAAGGUUUGAUGUGAAAACCUAUAAAAGUGUUUCCAUUUUGCAGGAAAAAGAACUCCAAAAAAUGUUUAUGUGGCUUUAAGGGAAACUCUGAAUGAGUGGGUAGAUAUUUUUGGAAAUAUAAAUGUAAUGUAACUCAGUGUAAGAGAUCUGAGGUAUUCUGAGGUCCCUGCAUUUAUAGGUUUGUCCACUAGAUGGCACUGCGCACCUAGUUUACUUCACGGCCUCCUUUUUUUACGUUAUUCCUGUUGGAAUGAGGUUUUUGCAGGGUCAUGCAACAACUGUCAAACACUGUUAAUGAGGCAUUUUUUAGUAAAUCUCAGAACUGCAGCGGAAACAGAGAAUCAGUCGGACAAACCGCGAGUAGAAAUGAGCCGCUAGGCAAAUCAAGCUAACCUGACAGAAUCUCAGCAGCGUUUCAACCUCAGGUUUUUGUGUCCAUUCGUUCAUCAUUCGACAACAUAAUCAUAAUCGUACGACUAAAAAAAAUAAACAUUAUAUCGCACACAAUGAGUUUCUCGCUUAGCUAGAAAUUCAGCUAGCUAGUUUCGGUAAUGUUGGAGAAAAUCUUACUGUCGGCGAUAAAACUUUUGCUGACCCUUUCACCAUUCCAAAAUUCGAUCAUUUGUACAGUGGAUUGUGGAAAUCAAAUAAUAUGUAUGCAAGAUCUAAAUAAUUAGCACAGAUGCUAGAGAUGUGGUUUACAUUAUUGUGUUACUUUGAUUGAAAUCCUCUAGAAUAAAUAUCAUUUUUAUUUCCAGUUCUUGAUGAAUGUAAAUUGUGUUCUACAUCCUCCUUUUUUCUUUUGGGUAUAAAAGGAAUUUUGACGUGGAUAAGGACUUUGUCGUUUAUAUGUCCAGUCCUGUGGUUUUAAAGGAGCGAUUUGUCAUUUCUAGAAAAGAGACAUUGACAAUCGACCUUCAACCUUUUGUUAAAACUACUUGCAUAUAGUUUACAAAUUGCCUUUUAUGGAAAAAAAAUUUGACUGGGGGGCGGAGCUAAUUUCAGGGCUGGAAACCAUUAAACCAGUGUGAAAUUAAAAAAAAUAAACUACAUUUUAAGUACUCUAGUGCAAAUCCCAAUAUUCGUAGGAUUUCUGUAAAAUGAUGGAAUUUGUUUCAGGGUAAGAAAAAAAAACAAUAACGUUAAAAAAACAAUACCGUUAAUAUUCAUGACCUGAUUUUAAUAUUCAUUAGUAUUCAUAAUUUUUUUAAUUAGGACUGGGAUCUGAAGGACAUGUACUGGUUGUGUAAUUGUAUGAAGGUUUUUCCUUUAUUAUUUCUCACUGUCAUUGUCAUUUUCUGUCUUAAUGAAUGAAUGAAUUAAAUAAUUUGUUACAUUUUAAUUUAGUUAUAAAUCCACAGAAGUCGACUGUAAAUGAUCCUAACAAGUUUGUUAAAGUGGUAUUAUGGUACAUUGUAUUAGAUGAAAUGUUCUACAGUAUAACACCAUUGUUUAUGUGAGAUUCACACACACACACACACACACACACACACACACACACACACACACACACACACACACACACACACACUUGUUUAGACUUCAUAAAAUGCUUAUGUGAUUAUUUAGGCUUAUGGUGAUUCUGUUGAAGGAGUCAAAAUAUUUAUGAAUAAAUAGACACAUUACAUAUUUCUUUAAUAAUUCAUUAUGGUGAUGAGCGUUUAGGGGGGUUUGGGGUUGGGAAAGUGCAGUACAGUAUUUAUCCCCCAGGAGCAGGUAGGAGAUUUAUUUCUUUUUAAAAUACACAGCAUAGAUUUAUUAAAAUCACCAAGAUGAAAAGUCUGAAGCACAUCACAUGCAUAUGAUAUGAAGCAGAGGUUUCUGUUGUAAAAUCAUUAGUUGAAUUUGCAUACAAUUUGCAUAUUAGUGUUUAAGUGAAGUAAAACUGGGUGUAAUAGUGAUCUAUGAUUAGACUGAUUAGAGUGAUGGUGUUUGGGACUAAUGGUGAUCUGUGUUUAGUCACUGGAAGUAAUGGUGUUCAAACAUUGGUGUUUGAGAGUAAUGUUAAUCGAAGUUUAGUGUUUGGCACUAAUAGUGAACUGUGAUUGGUGUUUGGGGGUUAUAGUGAUGUGUGAUUGGUGCUUGGGAGUAAUGGUGAUCAAACAUUGGUGUUUGGCAAUAAUAGUGAACUGUGAUUGGUGUUCGGGAGUGUAAUAUAUGUACUAUUGGUAUCAGCAUUCUGUGAUUAGCCUGCCCUCUAGUGGUGACUUAAGUAGUGCUGUAUUAGUAAUGGCAGUUCUGAGUAAAGACCAUGUGAGUUAACACGACUCAACCGUUCUGCUGAGUAUUAUUCUUCUGUCAGCAUACACAACAGGGAGUUAUAGUGAGGUGUGAUUGGUGUUUAGGAGUAAUGGUGAUUAGUGAUUGGCGUUUGGGAAUAAUAGUGAUCUAAAACUGGUGUUUGGGAGUAAUGGUGAUCAAUGAUUGGUGUUUGGAAAUAAAAGUGAUCUGAAACUGGUGUUUGGGAGUGAUGGUGAUUGGUCAUUGGGAGCAAUGGUGAUCUGUGAUUGGUGUUUGGGAAUAAUAGUGAUCUGAGACUGGUGUUUGGGAGUAAUGGUGAUCUGUUAUUGGUGUUUGGGAGUAAUGCUUAUCAGUGAUUGGUCAUUGGGAGUAAUAGUGAUCUGGUUUUGGUGUUUGGGAGUAAUGGUUAUCAGUGAUUUGUCAUUGGGAGUAAUGGUAAUCUGUGAUUGGUGUUUGGGAAGAAUAAUGAUCUGAGCCUGGUGUUUGGGAGUAAUGGUUAGCAGUGAUUGGUCAUUGGGAGUAAUGGUGAUCAGAGAUUGGUCAUUGGGAGUAAUGGUGAUCUUUGAUUGGUGUUUGGGAGUAAUAAUGCGCUAUAAUUGCUCAUUUGAAGCAAUGGUGGUCUUGAAAUGACGGUUGGGGCAGAUAUGAUCUGUGAUUGGUCGUAAGAAACAAUAGUGAACAAUAAUAAGUGGAUAGAUGUCGUUGUGAUUGGUGAUUAGAUGUUCCCUGUCAAAAUCUAGCAUCAAAUUCACUAAGCACUUGAACAAGCACAAUGACUAACAGUUGUUAUUGAUUUUUUUUUUUUAACACUUCUCCUUUUUCCCCAAACAAACAUAACCUGAUUAUGUGGUUAA